GCUUCUGACAUAUAACGUUGAUUGAUUGUGUCGUGUGCACUUGGCGUUUAAAUACAAUGAACGCGAAAUAGUAACAGUCAUAAACACUUUAAUUCCUCAAAAGAUUAUCUCUGCGAGCAUAUCAUGUGGAAAAUCAUAGUGUUGUGUGCGAUCGCGAGCUUGGCGAUCGCUCAGCAAGCCACCUUCGUGAACUACAAGGUUUUCAGGAUAACUCCUGUUACGAAAACGCAGGUUGAGAAAUUACAGCAGCUGGCAGAAAUUAACAAUGAAUUUUCAUUCUGGAACGAACCGAGCAACGUAGGAAAAAGCGUGGACCUCAUGGUGGCCCCGCACAAAUUGCCGGAAUUCUACGAAGUGAUCAGCCAGAUCGGGGCACCGUAUCAGCUCCACAUCAAAAACGUUCAAACAUCCAUCGAUCGAACAAUAUCUGCGAAUUCAUCGGCGUCGUUCGAUUUCAAGAGCUAUCACAAUCUUGACAAAAUUUACAAGAACCUGGACGAUCUGGCGAAGCAGUAUCCCGACAAGGUGCAAGUCGUCGUGGGCGGCAAAACGUACGAGGGACGUCAGAUCAAGGGUGUCAAAUUGUCCUUCAACAGGACAGCCCAGCCCGGUGUCUUCNUCGAGGGUGGCAUUCACGCAAGGGAAUGGAUCUCGCCUGCGACCGUAAUGUACAUUCUGCAUCAGUUGCUGACCAGCAAGGAUCCGAAUGUCAGAUCUCUGGCCGAGAGCCACGACUGGUACAUAUUUCCCUCAUUUAAUCCCGACGGAUACGUUUAUACGCACACUAAGAACCGACUGUGGAGGAAGACGCGCAAACCCUAUGGUCUUUGCUACGGCGCCGACGCCAACAGAAACUGGAACUACAAGUGGCUGUCUAAAGGCGCUACCAGCAUGCCGUGCACUGAAAUUUACGCGGGAAGCGAGCCGUUUUCCGAGAUAGAGACGAAGAGCAUGUCCGAGUACAUUGAGACCAUUUCCGACAAGUUCUACGCGUACAUUUCGUUCCACAGCUACUCGCAGUUGUUGAUGUUCCCUUACGGCUACACGAAAGUGCAUCUUGACAAUUACAACGAUUUGAACGCCAUUGGUUUGAAAUCGGUCGCAGCUCUGAAACAGAGAUACGGGACUGAAUAUCUGGUCGGAAAUGUUGCCGAGACGAUCUAUGAAUGCUCAGGAAUUACUGUGGAUUACAUCAGAGGUAUUUAUCGCACGCCUAUUGUGUUCACUUACGAGUUGCGUGAUCGCGGUAGAUACGGUUUUUUGCUGCCGCCUGAUCAAAUUAUUCCAUCUGGAGAAGAGACUUUGGAUUCGCUCGUAACAAUGUUCAAGGAAACAAAAGCACUUGGAUAUCCCAAAGAAAUUUAAAAUAAUUCCAGGAGUUUCUUCUUAGACGGCAUAGCCGUUUUUUUCCGGAAACUUCAUUAAGUCUCAUGCGUAAAUGUGUAGCAAACUAUUGUGGCUUGAUACAGACCUUAUUCCAAGAUUAAAACGUUGCAAAUUCAAAUAAAUCGUAUUAAUAAAUAUUUAUAUAUAUAUAUA